GCUUCACGACCAGCCUCGUCAUCAUACGCCCCGUCUCCUAGGCGCGGUAUUACUUCCCGACCUCCUCUGGCGCCCAAGAUCAAGGACAGCCUGAUCCAGCUUGUCAGAGCCUUUGACAAGGCGCUGAACAUUCGAGUGAAGCAAAUGUCUGCUAUCACUGGUGUUGCUGUAACUCGGUACCGAAAAAAACUCGAGUUAUCCAAUUUGAGGCUACAGUAUGAAGUUUUGCGUGGUUGUGGUGACGUUAAGGCCUUUCCCAUGGUAAACAGACUGAGAGCUCUGGAGAAAGAGGUGGAGGAUGCAGAUUCUGAGAUCUCAACCUUAGCUUCCGCCUUAAGGAGGUCCGGUGCCUCUAUUCAAGACUUGCAAGAAAAAGUUGCUCGUAUUGUGCUCUCUUUUCCCCCUUGCUGGCGUCAUAUUCCACAGGUAUGCUACACACACUGA